GUUUCCGAUGUCGACUCUGUGAAACAGAAACUGAGACUAAACAACUACCGGUAGCUAGUCUUGAAGACAUCAAAUUUACUGUUAACAACGAAUUGAGAAACAAGUUCUCCUACAAAAUCAUUGUACUGGAGGCAAAUUGAGUUCUUGCCAAGCUUUUAACCACCAGGAUGAUUUUCAUCAAGCGGGUCACUCUGCUGGAUGUGGGAUCCAAAGUCCUUUCUGUCCUUCUGUUGAUUCUGCAAGCAGCCCUCCUUGACCAUUUCUUCAUUAAAUUCGACGAGGACAAUCCCGCUAGGUGGGUGUGGAUAGGUGCAGACGUCGUCAUUGUUGCAAUAUGGAUAUCUGGUCUGGUGCUAACAAGUAGGAAUGUUCGUUCAAAGGAGCCUGCAGACUCCGGAAACCGAAGCGGUGUACAGAAAUGGAUGGCCAUCAUUGGUGGCGAGAUGCAGUAUGCCUAUUUUGCAUGGGUAUUCUACAGCAUCAUCCUGGUGGCUAAAGUCUGGUACAUGUUUGGAGACUUUGCAGAGAACUUUACCAGCACCGGCUACUACAACAUCUCGCACAGCAGCAGAGGGGCUGUCAAAUUUCAAGAUAGCGAAAUCUAUUCAUCGACUUCACUCAAGGUGAUCCUAUCCCUCACUGGGCCAUUGUUUCUCCUGCUGGCUUACGCACACCAUGACGAGAUUCACAAUUCCAAGUACAAGUUGCUGAUGGAGAAGCUUGGCACCACCGCCAGUCUUGAUGUCCUAGACAGUCUCAUGCUUCUGGGGCUGCUCUUCAUCAAUGACACCAAGAUCCUGUUGUCAUUCAACCUUGACCAUGCCAUUAAAUUCUUCACCUGCUGCUGCUUUGUCCUUCCUUCACUACCUCUCUUUAUCCUACGCAUUGUUGGCCAGCGGAAAGCAGAGGACAAUAACUUCAGGAUCAUUCUUGUCAUAAACUCAGCUCUCUAUCUCUUCCUUGUAAACUUUCCAUUUUUGUGUAUCCGUUGUUACCUAUGGUUCCGUCAUGAUGUUGACAUAUCGACGUUCAUUACCAAGAAUGUGAUGAAUUUAUUUCGAGGUAUUUUAGAUGUGUACAAUGAGGUCAGACAGUGGAUGAAAUCCAAGCAGCCUGGUGGGGGAGUGACUACUGAAGGAACUUCAACAGAAGAACCUGCUAUUGAAUUAGCAGAGAAACCAACUCACAUCUAGAAAGUUACUCCUAAAAACACAGCUACCUAUUUUCAUCCGGUUUUGCUCUAUUAGGCCAGAAUUCCAUAGUUCUACAAAAUAUGAAUGGAAUUAGUACUUUCAGAUUUUAGCAUGAGUCUAGCUAGUAUCAAUGAGAAUAUAUAUAGCAUGAAAUAAUAAUAAAGCAUGGGUUUAACUAUGAAGUCUAAAAAAUGGUACUACAUUACAUGUUUUGUGUUGCACUGGUUACCAUUUAUGUAUUAUGUGAAGUACGUGAGAAGCCCUACAUGGGUUAGGACAAAAUAUUGAUGUUAAAGUUUUGUUAGCAGAGUGUUUGUUUGAUACAUUUUCGUCUUUGCAUUUAAAUGAACUUUCUACCAAAGCCAGGCUGCCUACUUCUCAACCAAAAGCACCUAUAAACGGUGCAAGAUGUGUACUUAAGUGUACUUAACAAGGAAACAGCAAGAUGAUAAAGAAAUAGAUGGAAGAGAACAGAAUCAUGAUAUGUCACAGAGAAGGGAAGAAAAUAUAAAGAAAUAGAAGAGCAAUUAUGAUUUCAAUAGAUUUACUUCAUAAGUUUCAGAAGAUAGUACGUAUCACAGCCAGUUUACAUUAACAAAAGGAGUUGGUGAAUCUAAUAAAUUAUGUUGAAGUGUGUGGGUUUAAAUGCUUAAUUGUCAUUCACUACAAUAUGUGUUUCAUGUCUUUCUUUUUAUACUGUAUUUGUAUGUUUUAGUGAUUCAUAGAACCAAAGUUAAGUAAAAUAUUCAUUACAAUAUGGAUCUAAUGAUACUCAUUUAUUAAUGCAGCAUUUUUUAACAGGACUUGAAUUGAUCCAUGACCAUGAAUGUCUGUUCUUCUUCUUCCUGGUACUGCAGUCAAACUCCACAAGUAGGAUAUAAUUGGUGCAGGCGUGCGCGGCUAGUGAUGAGUUUGAAUUAUUGAUGUGGCCCCCCGGAUGAAAGUAUACAUUUCAAUUUUGCUUUAAACCUUGUCUUAAAAUUAUCAACCGAUUUAGCUUCAUGUGUGUUGAUUGGUAGUAGAUUCCAUUCUUCCAUAGUCCUUGGAAGGAAAGAGUACUUGAAGCAGUCCUGUUUUGUUGUUGGUCAGGAGAAAGAGAUUGCUGAUGAUUUCAGUGUCCCCGACAGAAUUGUGAGGGGGAGUUGUCAGGUAUCGACCAACGUUGAUUGAAGCACUGUGAUUUACAGAUUUAUAUAAAAGUGCAAGUCUUGAGAUAGCUCUUCUCUCUUCAAGAGAUUUCCAUUUUGAUUGGCUUCAGUGCCCCUCUCAUUUGCCUUGGAGAAUUGGUGUGCCCUUUUUCUUUUUUUGUGAUGUAAUGUAGAAAUGUUGCCCUGCAAUAAAGUGGCCUUGACCCAAAAAUAUCAAAAUUCAAGGCCUGGUAAAAUUCAUUAUAAUUUUACAGUAUUAUUUUAAAGGGAACAUUUUCAUGAAGUGGUUGCACAGAUAGAUCUACCCAUUUGAUUGCAAGUUUUUACAUAAAGUGCAGUUUUUAUUUAUUUAUUUAUUUUUGUUUGUUUUCAUUCAAUUGUAGGCCUAUUUAUUUUCUUUAUAAAAAAAUUAUGAUUUUUAAGUAUAAACAUUUAAAUGAGUGAUCAAAUAAUACCUAUUUGAUAGCAGGUUUAUUCUGUACAUAUUGGGUACUGGUAGUGUUUGUUUUGAUUCAAUUUAUUGAAAACAUUUUUUAAUGAAAUUACCACAUACCAGUUGCUGUGCAAUUGUGCUGUACAUAAUACUGCACAUGUAUUGGUUAUUUUUUUCAUUUUUUUUUGAUGAAGUGGUCACAGAUUCCAAUACAAUUGAUACAUUUUAUGUACUUACCUCAUUGUAGGUAUUAGUAGUAUUUUCAGUCAUUGUGUACAUUUCUUGAAUGCCAGUUUCACAGCUCAAGGUUGUUUUAACUGAUUUCAGCCUUUAUUUUUUGUUUUGAUUUUUAGCUGAAUUUCAGCUAAUAUCCCUCUGUAUUGGAGCUCUUUCAAUUUUUUCCCCCUACAUUCUUCAGUCUUUUCAGGAAUUUCAGCUCUUUAUUUUUCAUUCACACCCUUGAUAUCUACAUCAAAAGUUCAUUGACCCCUAUGCACCCAUAUGAGCAGCAUGGAUUGUUCAUGUGCUCAUGAACGUGUGUUCCCUGUGUUGCUUUUAUCAAAUGUUAAUACAUGUCGUUGUCCUAUAAAUACACCAUAAUAGGAAAGAAUGCCCAGGAAGUCAAUUGAAAAAAAAACAAGGCACUCUCCUGAGAUCAGAGAAUGUACAAAACACAGGAUGUCUGAUUUAUUGUUUUGUGAGACAAAGGCUUGGUAAAGCCCCUAAAAGGAAAAAAAAUGAAAUAAAAUAACAUGCACUAUUUUCAUAUGUGUAUAAAAUAAUCCCAGUGCAAGAUUAUAAUAUGCCAAUGAUCAAGGCUGUAUGCUUGGCAAAGACUUCCAAGCAGAUCAUUUUUUAUUUGAAGAUUUGAAUGAACAUGUGAUAUUAUUUUUUUUUUUAAAUUGACUGUAUAUUUGUUUCUUUUCAUGUGUGUAUUUUUAUUGUAUAUGGAUCCCAUGGAAGACCAGCUAUCCAUUUUUUCUCGCCUGCAUAGCAGAGUGAGACUAUAGGCGCCGCUUUUCCAGACGAUGGCGGCGGCGUCGUCAACAUUGAAAUCUUAACCAAGGUUAAGUUUUUGAAAUGUCAUAACUUAAGAAAAGUAUAUGGACCUAGUUUAUGAAACGUGGACAUAAGGGUAAUCAAGUAUUACUGAACAUCCUGUCUGAGUUUCAGGUCACGUAACCAAAGUCAAAGGUCAUUUAGGGUCAAUGAACUUGAUCAUGUUGGGGGAAUAAAUAUCAAAAUCUUAACCAAGGUUAAGUUUUGAAAUGUUGUCAUAACUUGAAAAGUAUAUGGACCUAGUUCAUGAAACUUAGACCUAAAGGUAAUCAAGCAUUACUGAACAUCCUGUCUGAGUUUCAGGUCACAUGACCAAGGUCAAAGGUCAUUUAGGGUCAAUGAACUUAGACCAUGUUAGGGGAAUGAAAAUCGAAAUCCUAACCAAGGUUAAGUUUUUGAAAUGUUGUCAUAACUUGGAAAGUAUAUGGACCUAUUUCAUGAAACUUAGACAAAAGGGUGAUAGUGUAUCACCAAACAUCCUGCCCUAGUUUCAGGUCACAUGACCAAGAUCAGAGGUCAUUUAAGGUCAAUGAACUUUGGCAGAGUUGGGGGUAUUUGUUGAAUUGGCAUCAUAACUUAGAAAGUUAGCGGAUCUACACAUAUGUAGUUCAUGAAACAGACAUAAGGAUAAUCAAGUAUGUUUUGCACAUGUCUUGGGUCUCAUGAUCAUGGUAAAAGGUCAUGUUUGGUCAAUGGACAUAGUAUUUUAUUAUCAUGCGAGUGUUUUCUUUUAUGAAUAAUUAUUUAAUAGCUGUUUUCAAAGUCAGCACUGCUGCUAUAUCGUAUCGUAUAAUGCAGGCGAGACUGCCAGAGGCGUUCCACUUGUUUUUUAAUUUUUGUUGUUUUAUGGAAAAGAGAUACUAUACCAUUCGUUAUCCUCUGUUUUGUUUGAAAUGCACCACAUACAAAGUAACUUAAAACACCUGAAAACAGAUUUGAUUGUUGUUAAAGUAAUGGUCAUUCAAAUUAUUAUGAAACUGUUGGUUGGAUGUGUCCUGUCUCAUAUUUCUUGCAUAAUAUUUAUUAUCCCAUUGACUGAAAUUCAAUACACAUCUAAGCAUAAUAUAGCACAUUUUCUUAUUAUCUUGCCCAAAGUGCUCUAUGUAAAGUAAACAACAAAGAAUAUGUACAGUACAUGUACAUAUUGUUCUGCUCUCAAAGUACAACUGACCUUACAAUAAUAUUGUAUAAAGAGGAUUUUGAUAGAAAAUAAAUGGGGUUUUAGUUUUUCUUUUUUAAUAAUUGUAUUAAAGGACUCGAACAGAUGUUAUUUUGGUAUUGGUUUAUUAAUAAUCACCUAUAGCAUUUUACAUAUAACUUUUAUUUAUAUGCCUGCCAUCUGUAUGCUAAAUUUUUAGUGUAUAAAUGUGUAACUCGGGUGGAAGAUAAUGUAAUUUGAAUAAAUGAAGAACUCACUUGCAAAAGGGGUUAGGUCCAUUUUUCAUCAAAUUUGAUUUUUUGGUCUCAAUGUAUAGAUUUUUAGUAGCGCUAUACGAUGAUACCAAAGAAAAGUUGAAAUUCCUUUUUAAAAGUGAUCAAAAAUGGCAAAGAAAAAUCACUUUUUUUUCAAAAGGGGUUAGGUUCAUUUAAGUUUAGUUGCAAAAGGGAUUAGGUCCACACUCAAUUUUUUGGAAAAGAAUAUUUUAAAAAAUAUGAAUAAAGGUAGAUUUCUUUUAUACCCAAUUUUAUGUUGUCAUGGUAGAGAAUCUUGAAAAAAAAAUUUCGCAUAAGAAUAUGCAAUAUAGGAGAAUUAAAAAAAAUGAUUUUCUUGGAGUGGACCUAACCCCUUUUGCAAACAAACUCUUCUGAAGAGCUCAUUUGUCAAAAGGGGUUAGGUCCAUUGUUCAUAAAUUUUAUUGUUUUCUGUCUCAAAACCUCUAAAUUUUUAGUCGCUUUGAUGAAAACAAAGAAAAUUUGAAAUUUACAUGAAAACGUGAAUAAAAGUGGCAAAGAAAAAUCACCUUUUUAAUCAAAAUAGAUUGGAUUCAUUUCAGUUUACUUGCCAAAGGGGUUAGGUCCACAAUGAUAAUUUUUAAAAGAAUUUAUAGAAAAAAUUGAAGACAGGUAGAUUUCUUUUAUACCCAAUUUCAUGUUCACAUGAUUAGGGUAGUACAUCAUGACAAUUUAGCUUCUCAUAAGAAUAUUGCAGUAAGUGAGAAUAAAAAACAUGGUUUUUCUCAGAAUGGUCCAAAGUGGACCUAAGCUCUUUUGCAACUAAACUCUUCAAAUAUAGUUAAUUAAGCAAGAAAAAAUAUUAGUUUGUCUUUUGGGACUUAAACCUAAUUUAAGUCAGCCUGCAGACUAGAUUCAACCUUUGACAAAGACAAUUAUUGCAGAAUCCAGGUUCACAGGAUAACAAUUAUUUUUUAUUUGACUUUUCUGUAGCUUUAAGAAGUCAAAUAAUUUGUGCUUUUAUGACAUCAAAAAUUAGCUUAAGUGUUAAAUUCCAGUGAUGUAUUCAGGGGUCGUAGAAGUCUGCAACUCGGCAAGCCCUUUUAAUGUUUAAUUGGCUUUUGUGAUGCAUUGUCGAUUCUCUAGUAGGAUUUGACCAUGGAAUGACCAGGAGUCACCCGAGAUGCCCUAAGAGAGUAACAGUAAUCCUGGAGUCACCGAGAUGUCAUCCUAGAGUGACGCAGCUGACUUUUACUCACUUUGAAAUGGAUGUAAUCCACAGGGUCAUGAGGGGACAGACAUGUAAUUCUAAUGAAUAAUAUAAUCCAAAUUUGUUAUGGUUGUCUACUUGUCUUGUUUGUAUACAUGUGUACUAUAUUCACAAUGUUGUGGUUUAUUUUGAUAAGUCAUUUUUUCUCUUAUUUUUCAUAACUGCCUUGUUGUGUUUAUGACCUUCCAAGCCAGAAGUAAGAAAGGUUUACAAUUGCUAGAAUUGUCUGUACUUUUUCUGCCUCUGCCACGGUAUGUAGUUGCUCAAGAUAUUAUGCUUUGGGGUCAUAGAUCCACUUGUCCUGUUUUUGUUCUCAAAAUAACUAAAUAAAUGUUUGACGGAUCAACUUUAAACUAGGUCAAAGUAUAUGUUUAGAAGUGACAAUGAUCUGCCUUGAUAUUGGGAUCAUGAAGUCAAGAUCAAAGGUAACAUCGGUCAUCUUGUUCUCACAAUAAGAGAAGAAACUGACGAGAAAAAAAAAAAAAAAAAGGUCACAAUCUCUUCUCCCAAUAACUAAAGAACUGUUUGAGGGAUCAAUUUCAACUACAUGUAUGAUUCAUAUUUUUGUGAAGAUAAUCAUCUUAAAUUUUGAGAUCAUAUGUUCAAAGGUCACAGAGGUCAUUAUUUGAAAUGUUUUGUUAGAUAUGUAACAACCAAGAAAAAUGAGAGAUAAGGAAAGAAAAGGAAAAGGGUGAACUAUGAUAUUAUUUUUUAUAUAAAACAAAAACUGUCAAAAUCUGUUACAAAAUUUUUUGUUAAAAGGAAAAAACAUUUUUGCUCACUUUUUAAUUUUUUUUUCCCAUAUGCCACUUUUGGCUCAUUAUGAUAUUGAUAACAAAUUGAAGAAUCUAGAGUGAAAAGAACUAUAAGAUACUAGGUCUACAUUUUUGUUUAUUUAGCUUAUGAUUCUUGUAUAUAUCUCUUUUUUGAACAUUUUUUAUACAGUAUUCUUUCAUAUGUGGAAUGAUAUGCAUGGGUUACACUGGUAAUGAAUAAAAGUGUAUGGAUUUGAAACCUUUUUGAA